GCCAUGGUUGCUUCAAUCGUCGUUUUCUUGGCUCUGGCCUCCUCCUGUGUCCAAGCUCAGCCAGCAGUCGGUACUGCUCUGAAUUGUACAGUUUUCGAUGCUGUUACUGAGCAAGAUUUUGUGUAUACACCAGGAGCUGUUAACUGCAAUAACCUAUAUGCAGAUAAGACAUGUGAAACCAUUUACAAUGUCCCUACAGAAGACGCACCAGUGCCUGGAGCUAAAACAGCUCGCCCAUUAAAAUGCUUUACUGCAUUGGCUGCUGCAACCGAUCCGGUGGAACCAGACCUAGUGAAAACUGCAGCCGCUUCAUGUCCAAAGACUUGUGGAUAUUGUUGUGAAAGUCCUGAUUACAAAUGUCCCAAUGUGCAGUUCCCACGUCUCAACUGUGCCACAAUCCUUCCAUCCCAGUGCAGAGACCAACAAUGGCGUACCAUCAUUGCUCAAGAUUGUCCAUCCGCCUGUGGCUUCUGUAAUCAAGGAGGAUGUGUUGAUGCUGUCAUUGAAUGUGCAAAUGAUAUCUCGAUCUGUAAUGCCGUCGGAAUGCAAGACUUCGUAAAUUUGAACUGCCAAAAGACUUGCAACAGAUGCUCAACAACAACUGUUGGAGGAAUCAUUGGAGGUUGCAGCACCUACAACCGUGACUCAAGCAAUGCGUGUGCCGCCUGGGCUGUAAAUGGCUUCUGCCAAAACAAUUUCUACACUCCUGUCCAAAGAAAGUCUUAUUGCGCCACCACCUGCAGAAUCUGUUAAAUGGGGGUGAACUUGAGCCAAAGACAGACUCACAAAGACGACAUCAUUGACGACCUUGCCAAUUCUAGUAGAUAGUUUUCAAUGAGAUUUGUGUUAGUAGUUUUAUGACUGACCAUCUUAGAAAUAA